AUGGCGGGAAUGAAUAUACGAUUGGCUUUCGCCAUCGUGUCUUCGGCGUGUUGGUCUGCCUUCCAACAUGGAUACAACACUGGUGUCCUAAAUGCACCACAGGCUAUAAUGUUAGAAUGGCUGCAUAAAGAGGCUCUCACAGGAACGAACACCACACUAUUGGCCAAGGACGAUCCCAAAGUAACGACGAUGUGGUCGAUUGCAGUUGCGAUAUAUUGUGUGGGAGGCAUGAUAGGGGGUGUCAUUACUGGUGUGGUGGCUGACAGGUUUGGCAGAAAAGGAGGCUUGUUACUAAACAAUGUGUUAGUAUUUAUAGCUGCCGCGCUACAAGGGAGUGCUAAUGCGGCGCAAUCAGCAAACAUGUUGAUUGUGGGAAGGCUAAUAAUCGGUAUAAACAACGGUUUGAACGCCGGCUUAGCUCCUAUGUACUUGGCUGAAAUAUCUCCGGUUUCUUUACGAGGAUCGAUCGGCACAGUGUAUCAACUCGUAAUAACAAUGUCCAUCCUUCUAUCACAAGUGUUAGGUUUGGAAUCGGUUUUAGGAACCAGCGGUGGUUGGCAAUGGUUGUUGGCAAUAACCGCGAUACCCGCCAUCAUUCAAUGUUGCACUUUGCCGCUAUGUCCGGAAUCGCCUAAAUAUUUGCUUUUGAAUCGUGGAGCUGAGUUACACGCGCAACGAGCUUUAAAUUGGUUAAGAGGUGACGUAGCAGUGCACGGCGAAAUGGAGGAAAUGCACCAAGAAGCGGAAAAAAACAAGAUAAGCAAGAAAGUAACUCUGCGCGAGUUAUUCGCCAACCGAAACUUAAGACAACCAAUGUUUAUAGCAAUGGUUGUGAUGGUUGCUCAACAGUUGUCCGGAAUAAAUGCGGUUAUUUACUUCUCAACCGGCAUAUUUAACUCUGCUAAUUUGAGCGAGAGUCAAAGUCAAUACGCUACUUUGGCUAUGGGCGCUAUGAACGUCGUGAUGACAAUAAUAUCGUUGUUAUUGGUAGAAGUGGCGGGAAGGAAGACGUUGUUAUUAACUGGUUUUAGCGGCAUGUUUGUUUGUACUGUCGGUCUGUGCGUCGCUAAUUUAUAUACCGCGCACGUAUGGGUGUCCUACUUGUGUAUUGCACUAGUUAUUCUAUUCGUGGUGAUGUUCGCGGUGGGUCCGGGUUCAAUUCCUUGGUUCCUUGUCACUGAGCUCUUCAACCAAUCGUCUCGCCCUGCGGCUUCGUCUGUCGCCGUCACUAUCAAUUGGGCGGCUAACUUCUUAGUGGGAAUCAGCUUUUUACCACUUACUCUCAUUCUCGGCUCAAACACUUUCGUAAUAUUCGCCAUUUUGCAGUUCUUGUUUAUCCUCUUCAUAGCAUUUAAAGUUCCCGAAACAAAAAACAAAACUAUCGAAGAAAUAACCGCCAUGUUUAGACAACAGAUG